AUGGAGGAUUCGUGGGAGGAUAGUUAUCCCAUCUACCACGAGGUAGUAGAGAUCAGGACGAUGCCUCUCUAUAGUGACGGCGAAGAAGAGAGGGAGAUAUUGCUGUCGUGGGAAGCCAUUCUACCUGAUGAACUCCUGCAGAAGGUGCUCUCCUUGUUGCCCGUCGCUAACAUCAUCAAAUUAAGCAUCGUGUGCAAACGGUGGUACGAAGUGGUUCACUCCAGUCCCCCGUUGUCGUGGGGGAUGAUGGCGCCACAGAAGCCGUUGCUCUUCAGGUCUUUCUUUAACGACGACGCCUUCUCGGGCAGCGUGUACGACCCUUGUCUCCUCCGGUGGUACAACUUCGACUUACCCCACUUAGAAAAGAGCAUGCGUCACACGUCCUCCUCCUGCGGCUUGGUCUGCUUAAUGAACCCCGAUGACGGGAAUCGCCUAUUGGUCGGCAAUCCCAUCAAGAGAGACUGGAAGCUGCUUCCUCAAGUCCCCGGCGGCUCCUCCCCCCAGUUUAACGCACUCGCCUUGUCGUUCGACCGCCGCACGUGCAGCUACACCGUGGUCGUCGCCAAGUGCAGCCACACACUGCUGCCAGGGAAUUCCGACCAAUGGCACUUAUCCGUCCACAUUUACGAAUCAACGACAAAAUCGUGGGCCACGCCCUUCACCCAAGACAUCGGCUUCUGGAUGGGCAGCAAUGAGGCCGUCAUAUGCAACGGCGUGCUCUACUACUUCAUGCGCCCGCACCCGGUGCAACACCCCCACUUAGUGGCGUUCCAUCUCGCCAAGCCACCCUCUACCACUGAAUCUCUGAUUCAAGAAUCGAUUCCUGUUCCAUUUGAUCUUACCUGUGCUGGAUUGAUCAACCUGUCGAACAAAUUGGUCAUGGUCGGAAGGAUGGCCAGGCCGCGUAGGGGAGUGGUGAUUUUGGAACUCGAGGAUAAGACAUGGCGGGAGGUGUCUCAUAUGCCGAUUUGCGCGUACAUGCCGUUUGACAUCGAAAAUUUCAUCUGCUGCGGCGCCAGCGACUUCCUCUUCGUGCACUCCUCAGUGUGGCCGGAGCUACUGACCUUAGACAUGAGGCAGAAGGUGCGGACAUGGUCGAGCCAGCUGGGUCCGUGGCCGCACUUCUACACUAAGUCAUUGGAGAUCAGGUCCCUAUACAACUGCGGCUUCUGCUUCGAACCGAGACUCGACGUCUCCUCUUGA